GGGGGCGGGGCCCGGGGGCCGGAAGUGUGUCGCGCUCGCAAGAUGGCGACUCCCUAUGUGACUGACGAGACCGGGAAGUACAUCGCCUCCACGCAGCGCCCCGACGGCACCUGGCGGAAGCAGCGGCGGGUGAAGGAGGGCUACGUGCCGCAGGAGGAGGUCCCGGUGUACGAGAACAAGUACGUGAAGUUCUUCAAGAGCAAACCCGAGCUGCCCCCGGGGCUGAGCCUGGAGGCUGCCGCGCCGCCCGGCAAGCAGCCCGGCAAGGCGGAGGGCGGGGAGACGGGACUGUCCAAGGCGGCCAAAAGGAAUUUGAAACGCAAGGAGAAGAGGAAGCAGCAGCAGGAGAAAGGGGAGCGGGAGACGGACGAACUGAUCCAGUCGCUGGAGAAGGUCUCCCUCGGGGGGGACGCGCGAGCGGCUGCGCCGCAGCCGGCCUGCGGCGCCCAGGGCCCCGCCGACGGUGAAGCGGCGGCCUCAGAGAAAGCCAAGAAGAUCAAGAACCUGAGGAAGAAGCUGCGGCAGGUGGAGGAGCUGCAGCAGCGGCUCGACUCCGGCGAGAUCAAGCAGCUGACCAAAGAGCAGCUGGAGAAGCUGGGCCGGCGGAAAGCCCUGGAGGAGGAGCUGCAGGACCUGGAGCUGGACUUGUAAGGGGCG